AAAUCCGCAAUUGGAGAACAACCAUCUUUAAAACACAACAACUUUCUGCAAGGAUUAUUAACUUGAUUAACUUGGACAGAGAUAGUUGCCCGGUCAACCACAGAUUCGCUGUUGAAUUGAAUACGAACUCUGGACCACGCAAGCUUAACCGGCGCAUAUUCCUAGGAACCUGACGCAAUUGAUAAAUGACUGCAGAUACUUUCCUCAAACGGCCUGCAUAUUUGUCUCCUCUACAGAUUGAGGCACUCGUUAAGAAGAGUCUGUGAAUGUAUUCAUAUCACUAUUGUAUAGGUAGUUACCUGGGUACCUACAUACCUGUCUCAACUUUCUCAAUCUCUAUACCCAGGUGGCAUGGCGCACGACGAGGUGGAAUCCGACGGCCCUCGGCGUAAGAACCCCGAUGCGCACCAUCAACGACAUAAGAAAAUAAGGUCAAGAGAAAAUGGCUCUAAGAGGCCGACCUCAGGCGCUGAGGGAACGUCGCGUGGAACUAGCCAAAGGUUGUCAAUGGGCGCUCUCGCUCAAUUGAAUGAGUAUAACUCCCUCGAGGCUGCAGAGGAACAACCGAAAUCACGAGAGCGCAAACCGAAACGGGAUCGACCUCGACGAGAGGAGUACAAAGUUGUUGAUGUCGAGUACGAAUCACCCAGGAGAGCACGACGUUCUAGGGCCGAGCAUGCGUAUUCGGAAGGAGAGUAUGAAUCGCCUAGAAGAGAGCGACGGCGGACGAGGGAAUAUCGGGACGGAGAAAGGAUACGAGAAAGAGGAUACGAAUCUCAGGGGGCGGAAGAUCGGAGGGAUCGGCGGCGACAUCAUAACAUAGAAACUGAAAACGAAGAGGAUAUACCCAUUUCAAGAGAAAAAGUACCAAAACAUCGCAAAAAGGAUCGAAGAGUGGUUAGCGGGGCUAUUGUAGAGGAAGGGAGGGCAACUUCAAGGAUGAGAGGCGGUGCCGCGAGUAAGCACAGUAGCUACGACAGCUACGACAGUAUCGCGCAGGAGAAAGCGGGCAUGCAAUGGAACAUGCCGGGAACAGUCAGAAAGAAAAAACGAUGGAUUAUAGCAGGCGUUGCGCUUGUGAUACUUAUCAUUAUUAUAGUGGUAGCAGUCGUCGUAAGCAAGAAGAACCAAGUCAACGGUUCCGGUUCUCAUAAGUCCAACCUCGGCGACAUCUCGCAGAAUGACGUCCCUCCAGCCGCCCGGGGAACGUAUCUGGACCCGUUUACAUGGUACGACACAACAGACUUCAACGUGACUUAUACGAAUGAGACGGUAGGCGAUCUACCGAUUAUGGGGCUCUUCAUGGACUGGGACGACUCCAAGUCCGCUAAUGACAAGGUCCCGGCUAUCGAGAAGUCCUGGGGAGAUUACGCCAAAACUCCAGCACGAGGGGUUAACCUGGGCGGCUGGCUGUCGCUCGAACCGUUUAUUACGCCUUCUCUAUUCGACUACGACAGCAGGUUAGGGAUCAUCGACGAGUGGACUCUAUGCAAGCAUCUAGGUCCCAAGACGGCGGCUUCAACGCUCGAAAAGCACUACGCGACGUUUGUUACGGAGCAGACGUUCCAGGAAAUUCAAGCGGCGGGUCUAGAUCACAUCCGAAUUCCCUACAGCUACUGGGCCGUCCAGACGUACGACGACGACCCGUACGUCUUCCGCACCUCCUGGCGCUACCUCCUGCGCGGGAUCGAAUGGGCGCGCAAGUACGGGCUACGAGUGAAUCUGGACCUACACGCCUUGCCGGGGAGCCAGAACGGCUGGAAUCACAGCGGGAGGCAAGGUACCGCCAACUGGCUUAAUGGCACGGACGGCGACCUGAACUCCCAGCGGUCGCUCGACGUGCACGACCGCCUGACCAAGUUCUUCGCGCAGGACCGUUACAAGAACAUCGUCACGUUCUACGGGCUGGCGAACGAGCCGCGCAUGGUGAACCUGCCGGCGGACGCCGUGAUAUCGUGGACGACGCAGGCGUACGACCUAGCGCGCAAUAACGGGGUGACGGCGAAUAUCGUGUUCGGGGACGGGUUCAUGGGGCUGGGCAACUGGCAGGGCAAGCUGACGGGGAUGGACGGGCUCGUCUUGGACGUGCACCAGUACGUCAUCUUCAACAACGACCAGAUCGUGUUCUCGCACCAGAAGAAGGUCCAGUACGCCUGCGACGGCUGGACCCAGCAGACGCAGCUCAGCAUGGAUACGUCGACCGGGUUCGGCCCCACCAUGUUCGCCGAGUGGUCGCAGGCCGACACGGACUGCGCCAAGCACCUGACGAACGUGGGCUGGGGCAACCGGUGGACGGGGACGUACGAAUCGGGGAACGCGUCGACGGAGGCGUUGACGCCGCGGUGCCCGACCCAGGACUCGUCGUGCUCGUGCUCCGACGCCAACGCGGACCCGGGGUCCUACUCGGACGCGUACAAGAAGUUCCUCAAGAUGUUCGCCGAGGCCCAGAUGACCAGCUUCGAGAAGGGUUGGGGCUGGUGGUACUGGACCUGGGACACCGAGGGCGCGACCCAGUGGAGCUACAGGAAGGGCCUCGCCGCCGGCAUACUACCCCAGAAGGCCUACGACAAGGACUUCAGCUGCGACGCCGACGUGCCUGAUUUCUCGGACCUGAGCGAGACGUAUUGAGCGCUGAUAGCGACGUAUCUUGAAUAAGCAUUAUUUGAUGUCCUUGAUUUUUUAUUUUUCUUCCUGCUUCCUUUGCUGGUUUUUUGCGUGGGGGUGGGCGUUUGGGCUGAAACCGGCGUGUUCUUCGAAGGGGGGCUUAGCAUCAUCAUCUUAACCGGUCACUUACACCCAUGCAUGCCUAAUCUACCUCCAACUUCGCAUUCUAGAGGGGUUGUCAAAAUGAGCUGAGACCGAGUGCAAAUCUAUAGACAAACAGGUCAUCAAUCGCGACAGCUCACUAAUCCCCUUGCAGCAAUUUCGAAGGGUAGAGCCAAGCGCGGGUAAGAGGUAUGCAAGAUGCAGCGGUAAAAAACAAGCAAGUAAGCAAGCUAAUUUUCCAGCUAUACUAUCAGACCGGAUCUCGCAGACGAGUCAAAGAGGGAAGUGGCGUAUAAAGCCGACCGAGAAAAGAUUAGCCGCAUGUAUCCCGCAUCCGGUGGCGUCUUCUUUCGGCUCCUAGGCAAAGCUGGAGAUGCCAAUAUCAUCAUCGUCGUCAUCUCGCGCGCAUAAGAUUGGUUUCAUGGAGCAGCAAGCGUUUCGCAUAUCCGGAUUUUGCAAGCGGCUGAUUUUUUUUUAUUGACAUAUAUAUUGGAUAUGAUACAUGAAGUAGGUAGGUAGGUAGGGAAAGGAAAGGGGGC